CGACGUUACGCCCCCGCCAUUUUGUUUUACCGGGAGUAAAGAAAGCCACCGGAGCAUCAGCGACGCGGUUCUGUUCCCUUUUUCUCCACAGAACCAUCCGUCAUCACGGCACAGCAGCAUCGUGCACCCGCCUUUGACUUCGCAUGAUGUCUGGAGACAUGGCAGCCGAUCAUGUAAAUGGGAAUGGCACAGAGGAGCCGAUGGGCACAGAGGAGCCGAUGGACACUACAGCUGAGGUGACCCACUCUGAACAUUUCAAUGCUUUACUGGAAGCUGGAUUACCUCAGCAGGUUGCUGAGAAGUUAGAUGAACUUUAUGUAGCAGGACUAUUAGCACACAGUGAUCUCGACGAAAGGGCGAUUGAAGCCUUAAAAGAAUUCAAUGAGGAGGGGGCGAUGCAAGUGCUGGUGCAGUUCAAAGACAGCGACCUGUCGCAUGUGCAGAACAAAAGUGCCUUUCUCUGUGGAGUGAUGAAGACUUACAGGCAGCGGGAGAAACAAGGGACUAAAGUUGCAGACUCCACCAAAGGACCGGACGAAGCUAAAAUCAAAGAACUCCUGGACAGAACAGAGUACACGCUCGAUGUAACGACCGGACAGAGAAAGUACGGCGGCCCGCCCCCUGAGUCGGUCUACACGGGCCAUCAGCCCACAGUUGGAACGGAGAUAUUUGUUGGGAAGAUUCCCCGCGACUUAUUUGAAGAUGAGCUGGUUCCUCUCUUUGAGAAGGCCGGGCCCAUCUGGGACCUGCGGCUAAUGAUGGACCCGCUGACCGGGUUGAACAGAGGCUAUGCAUUCGUCACGUUCUGUACGAAAGAAGCGACGCAGGAGGCGGUGAAGCUGUGUAAUAACUUUGAGAUCCGCCCUGGAAAGCAGAUCGGUGUGUGUAUAUCCGUCGCCAACAACAGGCUGUUUGUCGGCUCCAUCCCCAAGAGUAAAACGAAGGAGCAGAUCGUGGAGGAGUUUGCAAAAGUCACAGAAGGACUCAGCGACGUCAUACUGUACCAUCAACCUGACGACAAGAAGAAGAACCGCGGCUUCUGUUUCCUGGAGUACGAAGACCACAAAACGGCGGCCCAGGCCCGGCGCCGGCUAAUGAGCGGGAAAGUCAAGGUGUGGGGCAACGUGGUGACAGUGGAGUGGGCCGAUCCCAUCGAAGACCCAGACCCAGAGGUCAUGUCCAAGGUGAAGGUUUUAUUUGUCAGAAAUCUGGCCAAUGGCGUCACAGAGGAAAUCCUGGAGAAGUCCUUCAGUCAGUUUGGAAAACUGGAGCGAGUGAAGAAGCCCAAAGACUACGCUUUCAUCCACUUUGAGGAGCGGGACGAUGCAGUCAAGGCACUGGAGGAAAUGAACGGCAAAGAGCUGGAGGGAGAGCCCAUUGAGAUCGUUUUUGCCAAACCACCAGAUCAGAAGAGGAAGGAGCGCAAAGCCCAGAGACAGGCGGCCAAAACGCAAAUGUAUGAUGAUUACUACUACUACCCUCAGCACAUGCCGCCGCCUGUGAGAGGCAGAGGCAGGGGUGGUAACCGGGGCGGCUAUUCUUCUUACCCCCCGGACUACUACGGUGGUUACGAGGACUACUACGACUAUUAUGGCUACGACUACCACAACUACCGCGGUGGCUACGAAGACCCCUACUAUGGCUACGAUGACUUCCAGGCUCCGAGCCGAGGGCGCGGUGGCAGCCGAGGCUCGCGGGGCGGAUCCUCUCCAGGCCGAGGGCGCGGCGGGGCCGGCGCACCCAGAGGCCGUGCCAGCUUCCCCCAGCGAGGCGGACCGGGACCAGGCCGCGGCGGACGGGGCGUGAGAGGAGGCGGAGCGGGAGGAGGAGUGCAGCCGAGAGGGCGCGGAGGGGUACGUGGUGCACGGGGUGGCCGCGGUGGAAAUGUAGGAGGAAAGCGCAAAGCUGACGGGUACAACCAGCCAGAUUCCAAGCGUCGCCAGACCAAUAAUCAGAACUGGGGCUCUCAACCCAUUGCUCAGCAACCGCUCCAAGGUGGUGAUCAUUCUGGUAACUAUUCCGGUUACAAAUCUGACAACCAGGAAUUUUAUCAGGAUUCUUUUGGGCAACAGUGGAAGUAAAUCCCCGUAGGUCUUUGAUAAGCGUUCCGUCUUUUGUUUUGUUUUUGUUGGUGUCCUUUUUUGUUUUUUUAAAUGUAGAGACUUUGAUCUGAUUGGCCCUCAGUCCCACACGGUUGCCUGCAGUUUUUCCUCCCUCAAAUUGGUGACAUCUGGCAAGAUCUUAUCUUUUUGUACAUAUUUUAUUAAUUCGCUUGGACUCGAAGCGUAGUCGCACUCCCACCUGUUUCUGGCGAACUGGUUUCCCCCCUCCCCCCCUUAUAUUUGUUUUUAUUUUUUUAAAAGGGUCGUUUUAAAAGAUUUUUCCAUAACGAAAAAGUGAAAACAAUUUUUAGAUGCAAUUAUGUGGUCGAGCUGUCUAUUUGGCUAUAGCUUUAUGUAUGUUUUAGGAAUUCUGGUUAUGUUCCAAGUAGCUCACAGCAACAAAGCAUAUGUCUCUCCUAAACAUGUAUUUAAAAACAAAUGAAAAAAAAAUACAAUUUGUAUUGUCACAAAGUUAAUGCGUGUCUUGUUAUUGAGAAAGAAAGAAAAAAAAAAAAGAAGAAGAAAAAAAAAGGACCAUCGUUGUCCAAUUUUUUUGGCUUUACAUUUUGGCUUGUAUCCUUUGCUGUUUGUCUGCUUUAAUAAACAUACACGCACACGUGUACAAAAACUUCAAA